CCCGAAGGCCACUUCAAUGGGUAGUCGUCUCCUUCAUCAGCUAUGGACUAAAAAACCUCAAAAUCCAAACUCAGUUUCAUUAAACCUUUCAAGCAAUUCUAGACAUCGUCGAUUCCGAUAUCCAUGGCUGGAAACUUCCAUCAAAUGGAUCCUCAAUCGGCGGCGGAAAAGGCCGUUUCGGUUAUCGGGUAUGGGUACGAUUUAUGUAAUGAUUUAAGGUUAUCGGCUUGUAAACCUGGUCCUUCCGGGUCUAGAUUGAUUGAACUUGACUCAGUGGUGAGUCGGGAACUGGUUUUUCCGGGUGGGGUUGCUGUUAAAAACGUGCCCAAUUCGAUUAAAUGCGAUAAGGGCGAGCGUACUAGGUUUCGUUCCGAUGUUCUUUCGUUCAAUCAGAUGUCGGAAAAGUUCAACCAAGAUCUCUCAUUAUCCGGCAAGAUACCUUCGGGUUUAUUCAAUGCCAUGUUUGAGUUCAAGGGUUGCUGGCAAAAGGAUGCCAGUUCUACAAAAUGUCUUGCUUUCGACGGUUGGUUCAUAACGCUGUACAAUGUCGAGCUCGACAGAGCUCACAUAACUUUGUCUGAGCGUGUAAAACAAGAUGUGCCCGAGACAUGGGACCCUACUGCCAUUGCCGAGUUCAUUGAAAAACACGGUACUCACAUUAUCGUUGGGGUUAAAAUGGGAGGUAAAGAUGUUAUACACAUAAAGCAAUCAAACAAUUCGAAUCUCCACCCGAAUGAAGUACAGAAAACUUUAAAGCAAUUAGCUGAUGAGAGGUUCUCAGAAAAUGAAGAAGCUCCCGUAUUCUCGGAAAAACCAAAGGAAGAACCUUAUAUGCCGUGGGACCUUCAAGGCAUGCCCGCUGCAUCGAUUAGGCCUCCCGUCGUUACUCGAUCAAAGAAUAAUGCUAUUGUGAAUGUUUAUAUUCGGAGGGGAGGUGUCGAUUAUGGUCAAAGUCAUAGUCAAUGGCUUUCAACUAUAUCGCAGUCGCCCAAUGUCAUAUCGAUGAAAUUCGUGCCUAUUACUUCCCUACUGGGUGGUUCUCGAGGCAACGGAUUUUUAAGCCAUGCGGUGAAUUUAUACCUAAGAUAUAAACCACCGAUAGAGGAACUUCGUGAAUUUCUUGAGUUUCAAGUACCCCGACAAUGGGCUCCCGUAUAUGGCGAUCUGCCUCUCGGUCUCAAGCGAAGAAAACAAGCAUUGCCGUCGCUUCAGUUCACUUUUAUGGGGCCUAAGCUUUAUGUUAAUACCGUUCCGGUUGAUACCGGAAACCGACCUGUGACGGGGAUACGUUUAUACUUGGAAGGUAAGAAGAACGACCAUCUAGCAAUCCAUCUUCAGCAUCUUUCGACUCUUCCUACAAUCCUUCAGCUCUCGGAUGACCACAAUUACGAGCCUAACGACGAGCCACUUGGACGCGGGUACUUCGAGCCAGUCAAGUGGAGCAUAUUCUCGCAUGUAUACACUGCACCUAUACAAUACAAUGGAAGCCACUUUGAUGAUACCGCUGCCAUCGUAACCAAGGCUUGGUUUGAGGUAAAGUCUGUUGGGAUGAGGAAAGUUCUAUUCCUGAGGCUCGGGUUCUCCAUGGUCAGUUUCUCUAAGAUACGUCGAUCCGAAUGGGACGGACCCUCGACAUUGUCACGGAAAUCAGGAGUUUUCUCAAUGUUGAUCAGCACUAGGUUUAGUUCCGGACUGACUCAACCGGAGAAACCAACCAAAGUGGAUUUAAAUUCGGCUGUUUUCCCCGGAGGUCCACCUUUACCUCCAAAAGAACCGAAAUUGAUCAGCUUCGUUGACACGAACGAGACGGUAAGGGGUCCAGAGGACUUACCAGGAUAUUGGGUGGUUACCGGAGCUAAACUUUGUGUAGAAGGUGGCAAAAUCUCAAUCAAAGCCAAGUAUUCAUUGUUAACAAUAUUGUCUGAAGAUAGUAUGAUGUUAAUGUGAGAGAAACCAUAAAAGUACUACGGAAACACUUGGACUAAAAGUCAGAUUGUAUUUUGCUCCCUUUACUUAAAAAAUGGACAAUUAGUCCUUGUACAAGGAUCAGUUUGCUCUUUAAUUUAACGUGUAGAGAUUAAUUUACCUAUUUUUUAAGUAGAGGGGGUAAAAUGCAAUCCGACUCUUAUUACAAGGGCCUCCAUGAUACUUUUACCAAGAGAAACCAUAUAAUUCAUAUGCAUUAUUUGUGCCAUUGUAAAAAUAUUACCAUUUGCUUCAUUUAUUCCAAAUUAUAAGGUCAUUCUUGUCAA